UUUUGUGACAUUUUCGUUAUCGUUCUUCGAUUCCCUCAAACUUUCCAAAACAACCUAGGAAAACAACACAUGUUUUAGAAUCCAAUAUAAUUUUUCAUAUUAUAGAUCAAUAAUUAUUUUCUAAACUAAAUAAAAAAGUUGUUUAGCCAUGCCAAAAACUAAAAAGAAAUUCAUUGACCGUAAAAAAGCAGUCACCUUUAAUCUGGUACAUAGAUCGCAGAGGGAUCCACUAGCUGCGGAUGAGACAGCACCACAACGGGUCUUGGUUCCAGUAAAUGCUAAUAUACCACCUGGAAAAGAAAAGGAACCAGAGCUAAGUAAGGACCAACAAAAAGAAGAACAGAGAAAAUAUGGAAUAUACUUUGAUGAUGAUUACAAUUAUCUACAACAUCUCAAAGAUACAAAACAGGUCACACUGCUUUUACAGCCUAAAGUCACACACAAAAGAAAACAAGCUACCACAAAAGAUGUGGAAAAUAAAGAUGACAUAGAGAUUGAUGUUAAAGAAAAAUUACAGUUCCCUAGCUCUGUGUUUGCAUCAGAAGUUGAAGAAGAUGUUGGUUUACUUAACAAAGCUGCUACACAAGGUCUAUGCCUUGAUUUGGAUCCUGAGGUUGUUGCUGCAUUAGAUGAGGAUUUUGACUAUGAAGAUCCUGACAAUGCCCUGGAAGAUAACUUUAUUGAACUGGCAAUGGGUGAAGGUGAUGAAGAUAGUGAAGAUGAGAGCAUGAGUAGUGAUGAUGACUCCAAUCAAGCCUAUGGAUCUGAUGAUGGUCUUGACUCAGAUGAUGACAGUGAUUCACAGGAUCGAUCUAGACCGCAACGAUUAGCUGAAUGGAGUAAUAAGGAUGAGACCAAGUCCCGCUUCUCUCAAUACUCAAUGUCUUCAAGCGUAAUUCGUAGGAACCAAGGCUUAUCUCUGUUGGAUAAUCGAUUUGAAAAGAUGUUUGAGGAAUAUGAUGAUACAGAAGUAGGCGCAUUGGAUUUGGAUGAAAUUGAAGGAUAUUUACCUGAAACACACAAUAUGUUGAUGGAGGCUGCUAAGGAGUUUGAGAAAUCACAGAUGAAAUAUAAACUUGAUAAGGAAAAGGAAAUGUCUAGAUUACAACACCUACAAGAAAUCGAAGAAGAGUCUGACGAUGAACUAGAGACAGUAGAAGUUGACCCGAAAGAGAAAUGGGACUGCGAGACAAUCCUUUCCACAUACUCCAACCUUUAUAACCAUCCAAAGAUCAUUGAGGAGCCUAAGAAAUCGAGGAAAAUAAAAAUAAAUCCCAAAACUGGCAUCCCUGAAGAUGUUCUAAGCAAGGAUAACAAAUUAACUAUGAAAUCGUUAGCUAAGUUCAACGCCAUUAAUAAUGAAGACAGUGGCAACUCUGAUGAUGAUGAAAGGACCAAUGCUGAAACUGUGUUGUCAACACUCAGUGUGUUAUCUAUAAGACCUAAGGAUGAAGACCCGGAAGAAAAAAAAGAAAGAAAACGUCUUCUCAAAGAGUACAGGAAAGAGAGAAGAAUAGAGAAAAAGGCAAAUAAAGAAGCAUUUAAGGAAGAGAAGAAACGACAGGAGAAGAUUAUGUUGAAUAACAGAAAUAAUGUUCAAGGAAAUAAAAUUUUGUAAUAUU